AUGAACGUAAUGCUUUUAAUAAUUUUUUAUAAUUCAAAAUUAAGUUUAUUUUUAAAAAAAUUGGUAUAUUUGAUUAUGAUUGCAUUUCGAAAAGUACAGAAUCUGUUUUUUCAAAUUAAAUUUUAUCUUCGAAUAUACCUGUUUAAUAUUAAUAUAGUGUUUAAUGAAGAUUUAGUACUUACAUGUUAUACUUUUCUAAUUGAUAAAACUUUUUGUAUCAAUUUAUGA